UUGUAUUGUAUCUGAUCCAUACCUCAUGUGACGUCAUUUCCCUUCCUGUUUGUGGGGGAGUCGGUGAGGAGAGAAGCUGCUGAUCUCAGAUCUGUGUUUCUCUCUCUGCGGGUGUUUCUCUCCUCCAUCUCUCCUCCGUCUCUCCUCCAUCCCUCCCCCGUCUCUCCUCUCCUGCUGGCCGGCCUCGGUGCUCUCUGCUCGGCUGGCGGCAGCCCGGAGGGUCGGUGUCUCGCUCCGUCAUGGUGCAGAAGUCCCGGAACGGCGGGGUGUUCCCCGGAGCUCAGGCCGACCAGAAGAAGCUGAAGGUCGGUUUCGUGGGGCUGGAAUCCGGGGGGACCGAGUCCAGGGACGGAGCUCUGCUGAUAGCCGGUGUGGAGGAGGGCCCUCGGCGGCAGCGCAGCAGUGUGUCGGGGGGGAAGAAACCUCCAAAGAGAAACGCUCUGUAUCGCCGUCUGCAGAACUUCCUCUACAAUGUUCUGGAGAGGCCGAGAGGAUGGGCCUUCAUCUACCACGCAUACGUGUUCCUGCUGGUUUAAUGUCUGUUCUCUGGGUUCCUGAUGGUUUAAUGUCUGUUCUCUGAUGGUUCCUGCUGGUUUAAUGUCUGUUCUCUGAUGGUUCCUGAUGGUUUAAUGUCUGUUCUCUGAGGUUCCUGAUGGUUUAAUGUCUGUUCUCUGAUGGUUCCUGCUGGUUUAAUGUCUGUUCUCUGAUGGUUCCUGAUGGUUUAAUGUCUGUUCUCUGAUGGUUCCUGAUGGUUUAAUGUCUGUUCUCUGAGGUUCCUGAUGGUUUAAU